AUGACACAACCCACCUACUCCCUCGGAGACCUCGUGCGCGAAGUAUCUAGCGCAAUUCAAGAUGUCGACGAACAAGUCCUCAGCUCAGACUACAUACGACACGAAGUAAUCGGUCUAAAGAGGGGGCCUGGCGGCGUGACCUCAUACUCUGGCUUCAAGCCCUUCGGCUUCGAGCCGGUGAGUUUCGACUACUCCGACCCGGAAGCGCACUUCGCCAACUUCGAUGCGAUCCGGCUGUGGGAAAAGUACUUCGCCUUCGUGCUGCGCGAGUGGAAUCUCGACGAGCACGGGGAGCGCAUGGGUAAUUCCGAGCUCAACUUCGUGAUUGAAAGGUUGAGUGCGUCAGCGACACAGCUGGAUCACUACGGCCCCCUGCUUGUGGCCGAGUACGCAGGGGUUCGGAAUGCGCCCACGAGACGCGUUCAGGGUAUUAAUAAGCGGCAGACGCUGCUAAAUGGUUUCUUGUACAGCGCUGAAGUCGCGCUUGAGGUUUAUUAUAAGAAGAGAACUUGCGUAGAUGUCCUUCCCACGUUGCGGCAAAGACGUCCCGUGACAAAAAGUAACACGACAGAGCCAGCAUCAGAAUCUGAAGAGAUACAAUCUUCCAACUCCGAGCUUGAAGUAGAAGAGAGUAGGCGAAGUAGAAAACUGCUUAGGACACUGUUCAGCGGCUUUAUUAGCGAUAGCACCCUGAUCACAUGUGUAACACUCUUCACCCUCGCCUCAGCAAUACUAUCAGCAUAUGGAUUCAGCGUAGCCAUUCAAACACCUAAAGACGCCAGCUGGGAUAGUCCCGAGUUCUACAACACGGCGCAAAACGCCUUGAUGCAGCUGCUAGGUCUGUACGUGACAAUUGUGCCCGCUCUUCGCCACAAGAACCUGCAGAGCUCAUACCACCGCUGGAGCUGGGUGCUCGCGGGCCUGAGCUUCAUAGCCCCCUUUGUAGCGAUCGGCUACUUUCUCCACGGUCCCGAUGCCAGUCAAUUGGUGCUGUUUGUGGGAUCUGCCAUCCAGUCGACCAUCAUACUGCAGCUGAUCUGGGCGGUGGACGACAUGGAAAAGAAGCGGAAGUAG